AGCACUUGGAAAAUUUCGAAGCAUCGAUAAGCAGCAAACUGUUGCACAACACCCGGGAAGAUCAGAAUGGAUCAUUACUACUCAAAAGGGCAUUCCAACUCAAUGCCUAAACAGCAGGGAACAGCAAACUAUGGUACAUCAUCCUACAAAGACAGCAACUCGCAAUCAACGACUUCAUCGUUUUACAAUGGAUCAUCAAAGGGUACUUCGACAGGCAGGAUGCCGGCGCAGCAAAAUUCAGAGCAGUACUACGUUAACAGUGUAAGCAGACCAAGCCAUGGCCAGCAGGGAGGUGGUGUACCCCGGAACACAAGCAAGGGCAUGACGAUUAACAAGUACCCGUCGCUCAAGGGCUGAUUUGGGCAGUGAUUGAUGAAGGGAAAAACCUACAAAUUCGUAGCAUACGGAAGUAGUAGCAUAUAAGGGAAGAAGAAAGUCGAUAUGUAUUAGUUGGUUAUGUUAAUUUGUUUCGGUAAUCGGUAGCGGCUCUCAGCAAACAACCUUAUAUAACAUAAGGUUGUUUCUUCAGGUUGUUCAUUACUAGUCUUUACAUAUCAAUGUGUUCGAUUUGUUGAUUAGUUCAUUAUUCGACCUCGGUUUCAUAUCAGCAAAAGCAUUACUGUCGUUUUACCCGUACAGCAUGUGGUUCAUUGAUGUGUAUUUUUAUAUAAGUUGUCGCGUGCUCAAUUGUUUCUAUGCGUGAAUAUAUAAAUUUUAUAUAUAA